CCCCAUAAAUAUCUGACGAGACGGUGAGGAAGUUUUGUUGUCCGCUUCCCUCUGUUUUUCUCCUCCUCCAUUCAGUACUCCUCCAGCGUCUCUUCUCUGUGCUUGUCCUCUGCACAUCUCCCAUUCCCGUCAAUCUCCACUCUUCACACAAUAUAAGCAACAUGGCCGUCAAGGACAAGAAGCCCUGGCGCCAGACGCCCCUCGUCGAAUCCGACACCCUCUCCAAAGCAGCAGGAUGCAGAAUCUUCCUCAAACUCGAGAACCUGCAACCCAGCGGCAGCUUCAAAUCCCGCGGCAUCGGCAACCUGCUCUGCACCGCCAUGCGCCGCGCCCAGAACCCCCAUAACGUCCACUUCUUCUCCACGUCCGGCGGCAACGCCGCGCUCGCCGCCGUCCACGCCGCAAACUUCCUCGGCCGCCCGUGCAGCGUCGUCGUCCCCGACACCACCAAGCCCUUCAUGGUGGAGAAGAUCCGCAUCGCCGGCGCGGCGGAAGUCGUGCAGUUCGGCGCGGGCUUGCGAGAGGCCGACGCACAUCUGCGCGAGGUCAUGAUGCCGCUUGCUGAGGCGGCGGGGGCCGAGUGCGUUUACGUGCCGCCGUUUGACCAUCAGGACAUCUGGGAUGGGCAUAGCACGCUGAUGGACGAGCUGCGCGUGCAGUUCAGCGAGCUGGGCGAGAGCGCGCCGGAGAUGAUUGCGUGCUCCGUUGGCGGUGGUGGCUUGAUGUGCGGCAUUGUGCAGGGCCUCGACAGGCUGGGUGGACAAUGGGAUGACACGCAGGUUCUCGCGGUGGAGACGCUGGGCGCCGACUCGCUGGCGCAGAGCCUCGAGGCGGGCGAGCUGAUCACGCUGCCGAACAUCACAUCCAGUGCCGUCACCCUGGGCGCGCGCAGGGUGGCGGAGCGGACAUUCGAGCUGGCCAGCAAGUACCAGGCGCAAGGCCGGUUGCGCCACGCCGUCUACACCGAUGCGGAGGCCGCCAUGGCGUGCUGCCGCUUCCUCGACACCGAAAGGAUGUUGGUGGAGUUGGCGUGCGGCGUCACCCUCUCCCUCUGCUACGACGGCAGGCUGAAACAGGCCCUCGGCCGGCCGGUGCAUCCCGACGAGAAGGUGGUCAUUGUCGUCUGCGGCGGGCACAGCGCCACAUCGAGCGUGAUUGAGCAGUGGAGGGUAGAGGCCGCGGAAUUGGAGAGGACCCAGCUGGUCAAUGGGAACUAGAUGAUGAGUGCGCUUGGGAUGAAAGGGAAUACCUAAUAUCAGGGUCAUGGCUACGCUUACUUCAUAGAAGGGACAACGCUUGCUUGCUUGCAAUCAAUCAAUCAA